CAACCCGUCCCAGCUUUUGCCGCUUGGGAAACAGAGUAAAACACCACAAACAUACUGCUUCAAGACAUACUGGCUCCCCAGUGGAGGAAUGAACUGGUGGACAAGUGUAUAGGCUCUCGUAUUCACAUUGUAAUGAAAAGUGAUAAAGAAAUUGUUGGCACACUCCUAGGAUUUGAUGAUUUUGUCAACAUGGUAUUAGAAGAUGUUACUGAAUUUGAAAUCACACCUGAAGGACGAAGAAUCACAAAGCUAGAUCAGAUUUUGCUGAAUGGAAACAAUAUAACUAUGUUGGUUCCUGGAGGAGAAGGACCAGAAGUAUAAAUAAGUUCAUUUGACAUCACUGCAAGAAUUUUUGUUACAUAUUAUGUGGGAAUAUCUUUCUGAAAUUUGUUGAGUUUCUGUUCUUACAUUUCACAUUGAUAUUUAAAUGUAACAUAGUUUCUUUUCAAGGAUAAAGCAUCUUUAAUAAUGGCUUUGUACAUUAAACUCAUGACUUCGUUGUAAGAAAAACAUUUGCUGUUGAAGGCAAGGCAAUAAAUUUUUUUUUUAUGCUGA